CAUACCAUAUCCGAGCGGAACGUCAUUGUGGUCGAGCUGCGGCUUCCCUGAGAAGAACUCCAGCCCUUAAUCAACUCCAAGUUUUGCAACCCCGUUGCUACCAUACAGAUGAAUCGUCUUCACGUUCACGCCGAGCUAUCCCGUUGGAAUAACCGUUUCGCUUACCCAAAGAAGAACCCUGUACCAAAAAGCGCAUCUUCCGGCGAAGUGCUUCCUUCGGUAAACAACAUGCUCAAGUGUACCGUCUGCGUGUUAUCUUCCCUGUGCGAUCACGUUCUGGCUGCUUCUUCCAUCGACGUGGACGAGGACUUGCUAUAGCAAGUACUAUAGUACUUGUCGCAAGUAAUGUUCUGCCGCCGGAAGAAAUCCUGCCCGCCUGACAACAGGAAUCGGGCUUUACCGGCCAGCAACGACGCGCUAGAAGAAAUCAUCGAUCACAGCGCUCUCUUCGGUCGACCUGAUGCACGUCAAGAUAAAGUGAACGAUCAACUCUUCAAGGCGUCAUAUCAGAAACGGUUUCUGCUGGCGGACGCUUUCAACAAUUCAGUCCAUGUCAACCGAGAAAUGCCACGUUGGAUACCAAAAUUUGGGACCUGUCUUUUACCGCCAUUCCCCCCAAGUACCAGGAGGCCUGCCAGAAAUGUCUCCAGCUGCCGGCUUGUUUCGUCGAUGUGAAGCUUACUGUUGCUUUCCCAACACUCGCUGCGAUGUCAUACGACCCGGCCCCUGUUCCCGGAGGACGACGCCAUCCUUGAGGAUCUGGUCUUCUCAGCCGACGUCGUGAUGUCAAACAAUCAUGAACGACCAGCUGAUCGUGGGAAGCAUAAACACAAGCAGAAGAUAGUUUAUUUAUUUUUUUUUAAUUCAAGAAACUCAUAGCCAAAAGUAUCAACACGCAGCUAAAUAAAAAAUACGAAAA